AUGUUGCAGUGGUCGGGAACAAGAAUUUUACGUCCUCAUGAACUUGAUGCGUUUCUCGCUCAAGCAGUUUCUCCUGAACGUCAUGAUCCAGAGCAGGACCUGGAGACGGAGGCCUUGGACGCCCGCGGUCUGCAGUUGGCGUCCGUGUUGAUGAGCGGCGUGGACACGGCGAUGUUUGCUAACGAUGCGUGUGGUCGCCCCGUGCCCUGGGAGCACUGCUGUCCCUGGAUGUUCUUUGACGGAAAACUCUUUCAAAGUAAAAUAAUCCGAUCCAAACAGGGGCGGGGCCAGCUGCUGUCCCUUUGUGACGGACAGACGGAGCUCACGGCCAAAGUGGAGAUGAUGCGGCAAAGUAUUCUGGAAGGCCCUGUGCUUCCUCCAUCAGGCCCUGUGCUUCCUCCAUCAGUCCCUGUGCUUCCUCCAUCAGUCCCUGUGCUUCCUCCAUCAGGCCCUGUGCUUCCUCCAUCAGGCCCUGUGCUUCCUCCAUCAGGCCCUGUGCUUCCUCCAUCAGGCCCUGUGCUUCCUCCAUCAGCCCUGUGCUUCCUCCAUCAGUCCCUGUGCUUCCUCCAUCAGGCCCUGUGCUUCCUCCAUCAGGCCCUGUGCUUCCUCCAUCAGGCCCUGUGCUUCCUCCAUCAGGCCCUGUGCUUCCUCCAUCAGGCCCUGUGCUUCCUCCAUCAGUCCCUGUGGUCGCAGAGAGGCUUCAUGAACACUACAUCAAAUGAAGUUGGAGAAUAA